CCUCUUCAUGGCAUCAUCCUUUUCUUCCAUUUCGAUCUCUGUUUUCCUCAAAAGCUUCUCUUCCAGACAGCCAUGGCUCCCAAGGUCUACGGAAACGUAUUCUCAACCGCAACAAUGCGAGCCUUCGCUACCCUCCACGAGAAAGACGUAGAAUUCGAAGUCGUCCACAUUGACAUGAAAGCUGGAGAACACAAGAAGGAACCCUUCGUCUCCUUCAACCCGUUUGGUCAAGUUCCAGCCUUUGAAGACGGAGACCUGAAGCUAUUCGAAUCGAGAGCAAUAACAGCUUACGUUGCCUACGAAUAUAAAGGGAAGGGGACGGAAUUGGUUUACUUUGACUCGAAGAAGAUGGCGACGGUGGGGUUGUGGAUGGAAGUGGAAGCUCAUCACUUCGACCCAAUUGCUUCAAAGCUGGUUUGGGAACAAAUUAUGAAGAAAAAAUUUGUGGGUUUGGAACCAGAUUCGGCAGCUGUGGAGGAGAACCAGAAGAAGCUGGGUGAGGUUCUUGAUGUGUACGAGGUCAGGCUAUCGAAAUCGAAGUAUUUGGGUGGAGAUGAGUUUACUUUGGCAGAUCUUCAUCACUUGCCGACGAUGCAGUACUUGAUGGGGACGUCGACCAAAGAGGUGUUUGUGGCUCGCCCGCUUGUGAGUGCCUGGGCUAAGGAUAUCUUGGCCAGGCCGGCUUGGAUCAAGACUCUUGCAUUGCAGAAGCAAGCUUAAAGGGUGUUCAUAGCCUAAGGAAGUUAGUUUUUGUCUAAUGUUGUUGCGACUCACUGAGUUGGUGUUUGUGAUGAGUUGAAUAAACGUAGCUCUCGAGCUCUUUCCGAUGUA